CCCCGCGCCCCGCACGGCUGCACCGCCUCGGCGCUUGUCAUUCUCCGCGGCGCGGCGGCGAGUGCUGACUGCGGUGCGUGCCUGCCUUCCCGCUCGCUUGUCGGCGCGCCCGCGAUGUGAUCGACCUCCUGGGAGCGGGCUGGCAGCUCUCCCCGCUACAGCGCCUCGGCUUUUCCCUGGCCGCCUUCCUUGUUGAGCCCCGAUUCCCUCGGAGCCGGAGACACGCACCAGGGGCUCGAAGCGCCGCACUCCGGGGCUGGCGGCAGCUGCAGCGCUCGGGACCGCGCGGCCGGGUGCAACCUCUGUCGUCGCCGCCGCCGCGCUUGGCACCGCGGAGCCAAGGCGGCUGGUGCAGAGCGGUAGCACCUCGCCCCGCACCCGCCGCCGCCCGGGCAGUGCGGGGCCGCGGCGCUCUGUGCGCAGCGGGAGCGCGGUGCCCCCCGAAGGCUCCCUGUCGCCUGCGUCCCAAAAGCACGAGGUCAUUCUCUUGUUUCAGCCGGUGAGUGCAGCUUCAGAGCUGGGAGAGAGUGAUUGCAAGGAGUGGAAUUACUGGGUAAAAUCACUCGAUGUUUCACUUUUUGAGGAACAAGCAGGCUGUUUUCAAAGUGGCUGUACCAUUUUACAUCCCCAUCAGCCAGGCCAAGAAGGACGGGAGAACAUUCACCACCACAACGUUUCAAAGGGAAUACAUUGCCAGCAUUUUGAAUACUUAUUUGGACAAACAUUUCUUCAAGGAGGACGCAGCCCUCUGCCCUCAUGUCGCCACCUUGGAAGGACUAACCAAAUCCAGCAGCCUGUGCCACUUCCCACCCACUAUGGGACCAGAGGGAAGCUUGCUGAGUGGGGGACAAAUGCAGAUCACCCUGUGGGGAAGCCUGGCAGCUGUGGCCACCUUCUUCCUCAUCACCUUCCUCAUCUUUCUGUGCUCCAGUUGUGACAGAGAAAAGAAGCCGAGACAGCACAGCGGAGACCAUGAGAACCUGAUGAACGUGCCUUCCGACAAGGAGGUAUUCAGCCGUUCAGUUACCAGCCUGGCCACAGAUGCACCUGCCAGCAGCGAACAGAAUGGGGCACUCACCAACGGUGACAUUCUUUCAGAAGACAGCACCAUGACCUGCAUGCAGCAUUACGAGGAAGUCCAGACCUCAGCUUCAGAUCUGCUGGACUCCCAGGACAGCACAGGGAAGCCAAAGUGUCAUCAGAGCCGGGAGUUGCCCAGAAUUCCUCCUGAGAGUGAAGUGGACACGACGCUCAAUGGAGAAAGCGCGGACGGGGACCAGGGUCUGGGGAUGGAGGGGCCGUAUGAAGUGCUCAAGGACAGUGCCUCACAAGAAAAUAUGGUGGAGGACUGCUUGUAUGAAACCGUGAAAGAAAUUAAGGAGGUGACGGCCGCUGCCCACUCAUCUCGGGGCCACAGCAGCAGGUCGAAGUCAACUUCCACUGUGAAGGAGCUUCCGGGGCCCCAGGCCAGUGGCAAAACAGACUUUGCCGAAUACGCCUCUGUGGACAGAAACAAAAAGUGUCGACAAAGUGCUAAUGCAGAGAGUAUUCUUGGAGAUCCAUGUGAUCCAGAAGAGGAGGCUCCACCCCCUGUCCCCAUUAAACUUCUGGAUGAAAAUGAAAACCUUCAGGAGCAGGCAGAGAGUAAAGCAGGAGAAGAAGGAGCCGCCGAGGGGACCAGUGAAACCAACAAGAGAUUUAGUUCGUUGUCAUACAAGUCCCGGGAAGAAGACCCAACUCUCACAGAAGAAGAGAUCUCGGCAAUGUAUUCCUCAGUACAUAAAAAAGGACAGCCAGGGAACAAAUCAGGACAGUCACUUAAAGCACCAGAGUCCACCUAUACCUCCAUCCAAGGAGCCGCUCCGAGGUCGCCCUCUUCCUGUAACGAUCUCUAUGCUACUCUUAAAGACUUUGAGAAAAUUCCCAACAGCGUCAUCACUCCUCCAGCAGCAGGGAGGCCCAGCGGCGAGGAGCCCGAGCCAGAUUACGAAGCAAUACAGACUCUAAACAGAGAGGAAGAGAAAGCUGCCCCGGAGACCAACAGCCACCACGGCCUUUUCCCCAAGGAGAGUGACUACGAGAACAUCGGGGACCUGCAGCAAUGCCGAGACAUCACCAGGCUCUAGCAGCCCGGAAGACAGCCCAGCCAGCGUAGGACCGGCCGGCGCUGCUGCAGAGCACAAGAAGCGGUGUCAACCACGCUUCAUAUGCUGCUUUCGGAAAUGGAAGGUGACUGGAGGUGCCGAAACUGCUUCUCAGUUUGGGGAACAGUGAGGCACACACCCUACUGCCAGGGCACUGGCACACCCAAGCACACUUCCCUCAUAUGCCCACACCCUCUGGAAGGAUCCCAGCUGUCAGUGGUCUCACCCUCUUUGUGAAGAAAGCCACCCAGCAAGGAAGAACAGCACUCAUCAAAAAUCACAGCUGACCUGCCUGAAACACUGCCACUCACAGGAGCCGGCUUUCUCUCCCUCUCUCCCCUUUCUGCUGCCUGCUACUAAUGGUAAAAUGAAUGGCUUUCUUCCCCUUGAAAUCUUCCGAUUUAUCAUGGUUCAUUCCAAGGAUAUUCUCCCACCAGCCUGGCCUUUGCCUUCAACGUGGGUGUUUUUCGAUGGUAAGAAAUUUUGGUUGCUGCUUUCCUGCCACUCCCCAGUCCCCUUCCAGCAGCUGCCCCUGGGAACCGGGCCCGGCCGGUGGGUAGGAUUGGAGAUGCCCCUGGAGCUUCUUAGCUCUUUAUUCCUUCCGAUUUGGGCAGUCCAUGUCAGCAGCCUUUCCCAAAGUACUUGAAGUCAUUGUUAGAUGCUUUAUUUUAUUUUUAUAGUCAAAAUGGUUUUUUCCCCAGUAUUUGAAACUCUUCAGAGCCUUUUCAGUAUUUUCAAUGAAUAUCGCGGUACUUCCAUACUUCUUUUAGCCCAGAGCUCAUUCCUCCAAAACAGAGAGCCUUAAUCUCUAUGUUGGGACACAGACCACGUGUUUGGAUGGCAGCCACGGCUUCCAUUUCCCAAGGGCUGUGAACUUGAAUGUGUAUUUCUGAUGAUCCCCGCUGCCACACCAGCCGUGCGGGAUUUCAUACACGAACUGCUCCCAUAAGGUAAUCUAUCUGAGAUUAAAAUAUAAACAUUUAUUUUUGUUAUAUAAAUUUAUAAGGUAUUUUAUGUUUAACGCCUAAUUUCUAGAAAGUGCCAGAUAAAAUGUAUAUUAACUAUUUUGAUUUGAUGUACAAUGAUUUGUAUUCUCAUUUUGAAAAGACACCAUAAAGCACAUAAGCUGGAUAAUUAUGAGUAGUUGUUACCUUUUUUCUAACCAAGUGUUGAAAACACUGAAGGUUUUUAAAGACUUGACUUUUCAAAUGGUACUUGGAGCUCCUGGUCAAAUCAUCUGGCUCGCUGGAGAAAUAAGUGGAAUAAACAUAAAUGACCAUUUUCAAUGGUUUGUGGUGGGAAGUACUGAAAUAUCGUUACGUUUUAGCUACUUUUUUAAGAAGAAGGUGAUGAAUUCUGCAGCCUGGUGCUUGCAAAUGUAAAUUGCCUAUUGGGACUUUUUUUUCCCCUUCAUUUUACAAAAAUCAGUUGCUGAAAUUACUCAGAUUGAGAGCUCAGCCUGGUUUGAAUUUAAUCAUCUCUCUAGAUUUUAUAAGGCCAACAUUGGGAAGCUUGUUCACUUUUCAUUUUAAAAUGAACCUGGUUGAAGUGCUAUUAUGCAGUGUGGGCUACAGAAAAGGAGCUUUUCCUACACUGCUAAAGAAAAAUAAAAAGAGGCAAUUAUUCUGUACUGCUGUGACAUCUGUGACUUUUCAGAUUGAAUAAUCUUGCUGUUUUCACUCAUUAUGAUAAAGAAUGCAAUUGGGAGGGUGAAGCAUCUUGAAAAUUGUAGGGACCAGCUCCCGGGCAUGUUUUUUCCAUUCCUUGCAUUCAUGGCUUGAUUUUUGUGACUGCUCUGUAAUAUGUUUCUGAAAUUGUAAAGUAGCUCGGUUGGGGUAAAUUGGUUGGUUGUCGUUAUUUUUCAGUCAGCCUGGUCUCUCCCAUGAAGACUUCAUGUGUAUAAGCACAAUCAUCAUUGAUCAAAAGAUCAUGGCAGAAUAACCUUGGAUUAGGGAGAAGUUUAUCUGGAAGGUGCAAGGCCCCAUGCUCUCUGAAUUCACAUCCUUUGUAAGCACUGGUUCGCCCAGUGAGUCUCAUUGCUUAGUAUGAAUGAGUUUGACCCGACAAUCUUGACUUUGUGGGGUUGCUUUGUACCUGGUGACAGCCGUGUCACACUGCACACCUAGCAUUGUGCAUGCUGCAGGCUUGUCCCUUAGGAGCCCCUGGCUGCUCAAAAGUUGUAAUUCAUGAUGUCUUACUUAUUGCCAGGGAAGUGGGUAUGAUCUCUAAAGGGUAAAACCGUUUCUAGGUAGAGAAGCUCUUUAUAAAUAGUCAUAUCAUCUUGAAAUUUCAUUAUCAGAAUCCCCCCAGCAGUUUCAAAACCAAGGCUAUGCCUUAUGGCCAUAAAGUAUGCAAUGAAAUAUCUCUCUUGACUUGAAAACCUGUGCUAAGAAUAAGUUGUGAUGUAAAGUAUUAAAAGGAACUCUAAGGCCCUCCAGAACAAAUCCUAAAAGAAUAAGUGAUAGCACAGUCCAUGAGUGUCGGGGGGAGGGAGAAGCAGAAUAAACUUCAGGAGAUGGCUCUGCUCUUUAGAACACUGGGUAACUUACUGAAGUAUAUUUAUUGAUGUAGCAUCACAGUUUGGACCCUAAAGUACAGUAUUUCAUAAACUUCAUCCCUUUUUACUUUAUUUGUUGAAAGUUUGUGCUAGAAUCUUUGAGUUGGAAGCCUAUGGCUUCUUUUUAAAAAAGUUUCAUCUUGAAUUAAAUGCUACAUAGUUUAAAUAUAUGAAAGGAUAUUAUUUAAAAAAAAGAGUUUACUAUAUCUUUAAAAUUUUGACACCCAUAUUAUGUAUGCAUUCAACUAUAAUAACCUAGGUAGGUGAAAUUAUACAAAAAGAUAAAAAUAAGUUUUAGGAAAUUUUUUUGAUCAUAUAAAUCAGAAUUAUAAACCUAUCUUGCCUAAAAGUAGGAUCUUUGUUUUUAUUCAGAUAUUUUGAAAGUUUUGAAGAAUUUUUUUGUGCUGCUUUUACUAUUUCUCAAAUAUUGUCAGCAGGGAAGUGUAACCUGUUUUAUGUGAAAUGUUUGAGGAAAUCUUAAAUUCUAGAAGAAAGUAAUUUUUGCAAAUAUGUUUGCGACAAAUUUUUUUUCCUGCCCUGCAUUAAAUUACAUCAUUAGGGCUAUUAAAGCUUUUGAGGGUACCACUCUUUGUGGGAAAAAGGCUAAUUACUGAUUCCUCUGCCCUUAAAAUCCAAGAGUUAAUUCUAAUUGAGUGCUAAAUUAACAAUAAGUAAACACAAAGAACUGAAAUUUAACCUCAGCAUGUCACUAGAUCUGUUUCUCAUAUUUGAUUUUCAUUUUUCGAAUUAGAGCAUUUACUUACUUUUACCAGUAACUAUAUAAAAAAUAUAUAUAUAUGUUGUAUAUAUAUGAUGUUGUAUAUAUAUAUAUGAUACACACACACAUCCAUAUAUACACAUGUAUAUAUAUAAAGUCGCUCUGGUGCUUAAUUAAUUAGGAUACAUCCUGUCAUUUAUUUUGAGUGUUUAUCCUACUAGUGUAAUGACUAUUGUCAUAAAAGCAGAAUAGAAGAAACAGUUCUCCAAUCAUUUUCAUUUGGUAAUUACAGGAAAACCAUCUUAAGUUGCCCUCAUUGCAUUUUUCUAGUUAAUGAAUUCAGAUUUUAAAUUAGGUCCAUCAUUCUCUUAGCUGAAAAACAGUGGUACGUUUAAAUAGUUUUAUUCAUGCGACUCCCUACAGAUUCCACCUGACAAAAGGAAAUGAAAAUAGGUGUCCUCUUCAGACAGGCGUUUGAGGACAGAUUUGGCCGAAGGCAACAAGAGCCCCGUGAGCCAGGAUGGCUCCAUGGCCAGGUAACCUGCCCACCGGGGGGCAGAAGCAGGGACCCGUUAUUACAUGAGGGCAUUUUAUUUCACUGUCUUCAAAAACCAUGAGAUUUUAGCACAGAAUCAACAGGCAGUGUUGGAGGAUGAGCCACUCUGAGAUGGUGAUGUAACAUGGCUAGAAUCCCAGAGCCUCAGUUCAAGACUGACUUAGGAUUUUGUAAAUGAGUAAUUGCUCCUUGUAAUAGUUGCCAUGAGUCCAUGUGUUCUAGUGAUGCCGUUCUUCUGAAAGUGUUGAUUUCUGGUACCCAGCUAGCUUAGCUUUGGCUGCGGGAAGCACAGUAGGUACCGAUGGUUAUUUCCUGGAAAUCUUGACAGGCUUAUUGUACUGUGUAACUGGGAAAAGUUAAAGUGUAAUGUUUGGUGUUAAUAAGUGACUGAUGUGAAAGUAAGAACAUGUGUCUAUAAUAUCAAAUAUGGCUUUAUUUGCAGGGAAGUCUAAAUUUCUUGUCCUGUAGUAGUAUUUUCUUGCUCUGUGUUGUACCUUUUCUUAAAUACAUUAUUCCUGACAGUAUCAUUAGAUGAGUUGUAUACACUUAGAAAGUGUUUGACUAGAAGAGAUCAAUCCAGAAACUGUGUUAAAUUAGAGUCUUCAUCUGGAAUCACCAAAGUAAAUUAAAUGAAAUCAUGGUCCAGAAGAGAACAAACAUUCAUAAAGGGGUUUUUUUUUCCUACUGCUCAUUUUAAAGUUGUAUUUACAUCCAGUCUCUGAUAUUUAUAAAGUAUUUCAUUGUUUUUCCAGGUUCUUCUUCUAUUUAACUAGGAAAUAGUAGUUCAGAUUUUUCUUAAUGCCAGAUGAAAUGAGAAAUACAAUUUUUGCUUAAAAAAAGGCAAUUUUUUUAAAAGCACUCAAUUUGGUAAUCAUUUAUCUUAAUGCAGUUAGAUUUGACUUUUCUUUGCUCACCACUUAUAUACUGUGGGUGUUUUUUAAAAAUGUACUGUGCUCUGUCUCAGAUCACCUUGUGUAAUGGAUUGUAAAGGUUGGUAAUUGUCAUUCCUCAGACUUCUGUAUAUUAAAUUGGCAACAGUAAAAUAUUUUAAUGUCAUUACCUCUUAAACAUUGCAUUGUAUUAACACGCCUCAUGUUUUCAGGGGGAGUUUGAAAUAUAACUAAACAAAUAGGAAUUUGCAUUUCACUGUGCGUGCAUUUUUUUCCUCAUAAAAAUAGUUUCCCAAAAAGGUGACAUAUUAUCUGUUAGGUGGUCCCAGUCAUGUUCAAAGUCCUCCUGUUACUCAAAAAUAAUUCAUGACAGUUAGCAUCAUUGUGACUCAUUGUCUCAAAAAGGUCUUUGGAAUGGUCAAAUUGUCCAAUUCACAAAAGAGUGGGAAAGUUGUAUUCAAUAUUGGGAACGUUUAAACCUUCUGUCACCUUGCAUAGCACCACCCCGGCCCCUCUGUGUCUGCUACUCCCAGGACAUUCCAUUCCCUCUUUUCUAACACCAGUUACAAUCUUCAGUAUCACAGACCUGGCCUGGCAGCAUGGAACUGUUCCCCAGCACCUCCUGGCACGAAGACAGCUCUGCCCAGCUCACGUUUUCCAGCAUCAUGGGCUAUCUCGAUAAGGCACAGAGCCACCUGGGGAAGCAGAUGCUGGGUGUUACUUGCCAUGAACUUUGCUAAACCAUGUACACUCUUGCCCACAUCUUUCGUGAGAAUGGUUGGCACUAAGGAGCCGUGGAGAAGAACUUUUUAAGAAUUCUGUUGAGGACUCAGACUCAAAGAUGCAGAAAAAUGAGCCCUGCGCUCUAACCAGGUGAGCUCACGGACCCCCUACAAGGUGUUGAGAUUGAAGGGAAAUCACUGGAACAGCAGACCAAUAGCUACCCAUAAAGUAGAAGGGCACGGAUUAUUUUGAGAGGAAAAAAAAAAAAACCUCUUUCCUGUAAGAAUUAAUCACUUCUAAAGUAAAUUAUGUGUAACAUUUCUUAGCCAUGUAGCUAUUGCACCCCACCCCCUGAGAUAGUGCUUAUGAGUUAUGUGAGUUAUAGCUAGUUUGAGCUCCUCUCCAGGUCUCAAGGAAAUGAGAAUGUUCAAGCAUUGAACUCUGGAGUUACCAGAUGUUGAACAUAAGUUGGCCACGUAUAGGCAAAAUCCCUGAUGUUUGGUGAUGUUAGGUGAUCCAGUGGCUGAGGGUCUCGCGUUCUGCACACCUGGGGAUCCAGGAUGUGUUUAGUUUUGAUUUUUUUAAACUUCACUCUCAUCAUAGCUUAUUUGAAUGGGUAUUCUAGAGUGUAAUAUUUUUUUCCAAAUUAACAGAACAGAUAUCUAUUCAUUCUCAUUAUACAUUUUUUUUAAAGGAAUUCCUUUAUUUUUAUUUUUUAUUUAUUUAUUUUUGGCUGUGUUGGGUCUUCAUUUCUGUGCGAGGGCUUUCUCUGGUUGCAGCGAGUGGGGGCCACUCUACAUUGCGGUGCGCGGGCCUCUCACUGUCGCGGCCUCUCUUGUUGCGGAGCACAGGCUCCAGACGUGCAGGCUCAGUAAUUGUGGCUCAUGGGCCUAGUUGCUCCGCGGCAUGUGGGAUCUUCCCAGACCAGGGCUCGAACCCGUGUGCCCUGCAUUGGCAGGCAGAUUCUCAACCACUGCACCACCAGGGAAGCCCUAUACAUUUAAUUCUUAAAAACCUAUCUAGUAUACCAGUUAGGCACCCUUCACAGGACAGUUAAGGCUAAAACAGACAGACCAGUCUUGGCCCCUGGAGCCUGCCUUUCAGAACAGACUUGUUGCAACGUCUGGUUUUAUUUUAUUUUGUUUUGUUUGUUUUUUUAACUCAACAAGUGGGAAACCAUGAGUGUAAACAAACUCUGUCCUUUUCCUUUUUUAAACUUAAGGAGAAAAAGAAAUGUAAUUUUAGCUCCUCAUUUAGGUAGUAAAGGCUUCCCUGACAGACAGCAGUGCCUUUCCCUAGGCGAAGAGACUAGAACCAAAGGCCUGAGUCGGUCUUUGAACAUUCCUUUGACAAGUUUUUGUGUAUUUUUAAUGUCAAACCCAUAGAUGAACCUGACAUGAUGAUCAUGACCCAUCCAGUAAGCGUGCUUGCUUUUUUCGCGUUCAUCUUUUUAAAUAUAAGCUUCUCUGUUUUUCCUGGAACCAUGCUCGAAACUUAACUCCUGUGGGCCACUGCACGGCUGCUUCCUGAUGUCCUGGAGAUUUGGUGGCACCAUCAGCAGUGCUUUGCUCUCAGGGAGAAGCUCGCGGAACAUGUUGGGGAAGUUGAAUUUUACAUCCACGUCAACAGGCGUUUCAAAGAGUCCUGUAUGCCUCAGAUUUUUGACACUUUUUAAAAAUUUUUCUUUAUUUUUUUCUGAGUACCAACUACAUAUUUGAUUCUCAGGGGGUGGGUAGGGCAGGAAUUAGAAGUAAAAUUUGAACUAAGUGAUGCGGGAAAGACUUCCUGCCCCUGUGUGUGUGACUCUGGAAAAUGUUUUAUUCCAAUGCCCUACCUACCACUCUGAGUCUCUUGAGAAGCACACCGUAAAUGUAUAUAAGAUUGAGAAAGAAUAUCUCAAAGACUUAAAUUAUUGUUCAGGUAUUUUCUUCUUUGUAAACUCAGGAAUAAACCUGGUUUGUGCGUGGCAUAAUAUGGCUACUAAAGCUAUAAUCUGUAGGUAACUAGGUGCAUUCUUUCAAAUAUGUUUCAUUCUAACUUUUUUUAAAACUGGGGAAAGAAACUCCUAGUAAUGAAAAAACAAAACCAACAAGAGAAUUCCAUAACCUCUUUCCAGAAGAACAUAGCAUCAGUCUAAUAUCUGCCCCAGAGUGUUUGUUUCUUGCCUAUAGUAUUUCAACAAUUUUUAUGGGAGAAAAAAAUGCACGUUUUUAUGUCUUGGAAAAAUGAAGUAUUGAAUUAAAUUCUCAGAGGGGACAAUUUAGUUUAAAGAGAAGCAUUGGUUUUGGAGAUGAACUCAUGGCUCUGUGGUUCCCGUUCCAGCAUUGACUUUACUGUGUGACCUUGAGCAAAUGAUUAACUACUCUGUGCCUCAGUUUCUCCAUAUACAAAAUGGGGAUAAUGAUACCAACCAUUGCCUACCUCAUAGGGAUGUUAUGGGGACAAAUGAGAUAUAAAUACAAAUGCUUUGAAUUCUGUAAGAAAGGUGCUAUAUAAGUUGAAAUUGUGUUGUUUUUAAUGAUCCAAUUAUUAAUUAUGUUUAGGGUUUAAAUAAUAGCAAUACUGUUAGUCAUGGUAAGAAUAAGUUUCAACUUGAUGCAUAUUUACAAUUCUCUUCUGUGGCCAGAUCUUGAUCAUUUAUCCAGUAAUGGUACCUAAGGAACUGAAAUGGAUAUUUGUUUUCUGUGUAUUUCUGCCCAUAGUAUUUCUAUGCUGAAUGUUCCCAAAAGGCUGGAGUUCAACUUGUCAUAUCUUAUAGUUUACAUGUAAUGAACCUUACUCAAGCUGUAUAUAAAAGUAUAAUUACAUGUAAAUAGCAGGUACAUUGUAAUUAAAGGCACUUAUCAAUU